AUGGCCCGGGGCUAUGCAGCACUGCUCCUGCUGUGCCUGCUCUGGGAGUACGGCUGCGAGUUCCAUGGCAGGACUAAAGGGAGGAGAGCGGGGAGACACUGGAGAGCCCGGCCCCAGAGGACCAAGCGGGGAUGGGUGUGGAACCAGUUCUUUGUGCUGGAGGAGUACAUGGGCUCCGAGCCGCAGUACGUCGGAAAGUGCUGUCGCUCCCGUAAGCCAAGCCCAAACAAUCGGCUCAAUGUCAUCGUGAAGAUGUGA